AUGAAGCCGGCGAACGUCCCCGAGGAGAAUGGCUUCAGGGAGGCAAUGGCCACUGGCCAGCACGACCUCACAGCCCGCAGCCCCGGGAAGAAACGCCGCUGGAUUCGGCGCCUGAUCCCGGACAACUUCUGGGAGGACUCAAAGAAGCUGCUGGUGCUGGCAGGACCACUGAUCCUGAUCCAGCUGCUGAUCUUCCUGAUACACCUUGUCAGCUCCAUAUUCUGUGGCCACCUGGGCAAGGUGGAGCUGGCCUCUGUCACGCUGGCCAUCGCUGUUAUAAAUGUUACUGCCAUCUCUGUAGGUUAUGGAUUGACUUCAGCCUGUGACACCUUGAUAUCACAGACCUAUGGCAGCAAGAACCUGCUGCGUGUGGGGGUGAUCCUGCAGCGUGCCACCCUCAUCAUCCUCCUCUGCUGCUUCCCCUGCUGCGCUGUCCUCAUCAACAUCGAGCAGUUAAUGCUCCUCAUCCGGCAGGAUCCCGAGGUCUCCAGGUUAACCCAGCGCUACGUGAUGGCAUUUGUCCCUUCUCUCCCGGCAGUUUUUCUCUAUAAUCUGGAGACAAGAUACCUGCAGAACCAGAUGAUCAUGUGGCCACUGGUGCUGAGUGGAGUCAUCGGCAACAUCGUCAACGUGAUAGCAAACUAUGUCUUCCUCUAUGUGUUCCACUUGGGCAUCACGGGCUCUGCCUGGGCCAACACCACUGCUCAGUAUUCACAGACCAUUUUCUUGUUCCUGUACAUCAUAGGCAAGAAACUCCACGUGAAGACCUGGGGAGGCUGGUCCAAAGAGUGCCUGCUGGAGUGGGACAGCUUCACAUCCUUGGCUAUCCCCAGCAUGCUCAUGAUGUGCAUUGAGUGGUGGACCUACGAGAUUGGGAGCUUCUUGAUAGGCCUGCUGAGUGUCGUCGAGCUCUCUGCCCAGUCCAUCAUCUAUGAGGUGUCUGUUGUUGCUUUCAUGAUUCCCCUGGGGCUUGGCACAGCUGCCAGUGUGCAGGUGGGGAAUGCACUGGGUGCCGGCGACGCCGAGACGGCCAAGAGAUCCUCCUCCACCAGCCUGCUCUGCACAGGGGCUUUCUGCAUAAUCAUGGGGGUCAUUUUAGCCUCUGCAAGGAAUGUGCUGGGAUACAUCUUCACCCAGGACAAGGAGAUUGUUGAGUUGGUGGCAUGGGUCAUCCCUGUCUACGUGGUCUUCCACUUGUUUGAAGCCAUGUGUGGUACCUGCAGCGGGGUGCUCAGAGGCAUUGGCAAGCAGAAAUUUGGUGCCAUCCUCAAUGCUGUGAGCUACUACGGCGUGGGCAUGCCCCUGACAGGUGUGCUGCUCUUCGUGGCCAAGAUCGGCGUCAUAGGUCUGUGGCUCAGCAUGCUCGCCUCGGUCUUCAUCCUCUGCACCUGCUUCAUCACCUACAUCUCCCGCAUGGACUGGACCAAGGCAGCCGAGGAGGCUCAGCGCCGCGCAGGAGUGACCCAGCCACCACCAGAGGAGACAAAUCUGGACCCUGAACCCUCCUGCAAGGCACUUCCCUCAGAUGUGGGGCCAGACCCCCUGCCCCACACUUACCCCCUUGCCACAGUGGUGCAGGGGUGCGUCGCGGGAGUGGAUGCACAGAACAGCGUCGUGCUCACAGGCAUCACCAGGAUGGAAGGACCAACGUACCAACUGGACCCCCAGGAUGCCAAGUCUGCCACCUUCUCUCCAGCCACUGCUGUGGUCACCAAGACGCUGAUCCUGCGGCGUGUGCUGGCAGCAGCUGCAGCCGUCACUGUCCUCGCGCUCGGCAUCGUUAUAAGGCUGAUGACCAGCAAACACUGA